AUGAUCUGGAGUACGGCUUUCGAGAAGCUGAAUGCGGCGGCAUGCAAAGGCAACGUGGCAGAGGCAUCGGCCAUUUUCGAGCACUUUUGGGCAGGUCCACUGCAGCCGCGUGCGACCAUGGUCUGCAACACCGUUCUCAAGGCCUACGCCAACGCUGGAGACUUCCCGGGUGCCCACCGCUGGGUUGAGGAGAUGCAGCAGCAACGUGUGCGACUGAACACCAAAACCUUCGGAAAGCUCAUCGAGUCUGCCGCCAAGGCUGGCCAGGCCGAGCUGGCGCAACGAUGGCUGUCGCAGUACACCGACUCCGCAGACCUUGUGCAUUCAAACACCGUCCUCCACGCCUUCGCGCGAGCGGCGGCCUGUGAGAAGGCGGAGGCCUUUUUGGAACAGCUGCCUGAGAAGAGCAUCCAGCCCAGCGCGAUCUCCUACAACACCGUGAUCGCCUGCUACGCCGACAGGGGCAUCAUGGAUCGGGCCGAGGAGUGCCUGCAAACCAUGAAGCGUUGCGGCGUUCCACCGACGGUUUCGUCCUACAACUCACUCAUCCAGGGCUUCGCGAGGGCCCAACUUGUCGCCGGAGCCGUGCGCACCCUGGCGCAGCUGGUGGAGGAUGGGCUGGCAGCCGACGGGGUCACGGUGCAGGCCUUGGUCAGCGCCUUCACGCGAAGCGGCGACUGCGCCAGCGCACUGCAUUGGCUCCGCGUCUUCGAGGAGUGCGGACUUUCUCUGGGGAUCAACGAGUACAACGUGCUGAUGAACGGCUUGGCCAAGGAAGGGCGGCUCGCAGAAGCCAGGCAGCUGUUGCAAAGCUUGCGGAGUCGCGAGUUGCGACCUGACGUGGUGUCUCUCACGGCGGUGGCUGAAGCCUACAAUCGCAACGGUGACACCGAAGGCGCUGUCGAGUACCUGGAGACAAUGAAGGCCGAAGUGGAAGUCGACCGCGUCUUCUUCAAGACGGUCAUGAACAGCUGCGCUUCCAGAGGCGACGUGGCUUCCACGCGGAGGUGGAUCCAAGCCAUGCAGCAGCACGGCUUCAACGCAGAUGUGGCGAGCUCCAAUAUGGUGCUCAAGGCCUUCGCAAGGUCCAGUGACCUGGAGGGCGCGCUCAGCUACCUCCACUCGAUGGAAGUCCGAAAUGAUGUGAGCUUCAACACUGCUGCCGACGCCUGCGCGAAACUGGGGCGCUUGGACCUGGUCGUGCAGGUCAUGGACCACAUGAGGAGCACGCAGGUACUCCCAGACCUCAUCACGUACACGGUUGCCCUCACGGCCUGCGGCAAUGCAUGGCCGGUGAUGUGGCAGGAGGCAUUAGGCAUCUUCCGGACAAUGCAGUGCCAGAAGCUCGAGUUGGCUGUUGUCGAACACUUGGCGGAGCUCCUGGGGCUGGAGGAGGAGCUGCACAGCGAUCUGCGAAGCCUGGCCGACAAGGAGGCUGACGCCUGCACAAUCCUCCUGCUCCUGGCAGAUCAGGCCCUGGCCAGUCCAAACUACGCAGCAGUAGGCAAGGGCGGCCACAACCCCACGUCCCGACUCGCCUACCGGGAGCGCCGCGACGUCGUCUUCGUCCAUCCGGUGUCGGCUCAGCGACAGGCGGUCAGCCGCCUUGCCCUAGCAGAGGAUGCGCGGGCGCUCGCGCGAGGCGAGCCUCCGCUACCGGUGCUCGCGGCGGCUCUGGGCCGUGAGAUCGGGGCAGCACCGGAGGUCUCCCGGCAGAUGGUUGAGGGCAGACUCCGCGAGUGGGCCUUUGAGCAAAGUGCUCCACAACUGCAGCACCUCAACCAAGACCAGCUCGCAGGCUGGUCCGAGCUCGGGCUGUUGGAGCACCAGCGCCCCAGUGCGGAGGGCUCCCUCAGCUUCCUGACCCGCGAGGAGGACGACCUGGAGCUUGCCUGGGCCACGAAGAUCGGGGGCCCAAGCCAUGGUUUCGACCACGAGGGGCGGUGCCUCCUACCCUUACUCUGCAACGCGAGGCACAGGGUUCUCCUGGUCGAGGAUCGCCAAUUGUGGCCGCACAACGCAGUGGGGCGAUGUCACCUGCGACUCCUACAUCGACUGGGUCCCCCAAGGCAGCCAGUGCUCCACCUCGAGCCGCUGAUGUCCGAGUUUCGGGUGGCGAGCGUGCCACUACUGGAGUUUCAGAUGGCAGUUCUCCAGCACGCCAUGCUCAAGGCGGAGAGUUUAGCAGUGCCCCUCCUGCUGGGGGAGUCCUUCGACCCCUCCGAUCCCGCCUGGCUGCCCGAGGCUACCCGGCAUCAACUUGCUGUAUGCGACAGGUCCUCGCUCCUUCCACAGGCAUCUACGAGGCGAGCGACUCGCUGA